AUGCUCGCAGCCGGCCAGGGAUCAGACGGCCCAGUCAUAGCGCUUGGUGGUGCGAGCAGGAGCGGGAACUCAACUAAGCAAAGCCAUGGCCCAUGCAAUCGCGCAACUUGUACGAACAAGCCGUGUGAAGUGCUGGCCCCGGCUGCGAAGAUGCUUUGCAUCCGCUGUCUCGGUGUCUCGACCUUGGCAAUCUUUGGUGUCUGGGCACGUUGUGAUGGACGGAAGAUUGCUCCGAAGGCCUGUGUUGACUUACAGGAAUGGGCGAAUCGCCUUGCGCCGCUUUUUGACAUCACGCAUCCGCCAGUAACACAAUUCGUCUUCGAUUCAUGUCUCGCGAUUUCAGAGUUGUGCAGAGAUCCCGGUCUUCGAGCAUGUUCCGCAGCGGCUCACGUGUUUUGCCGGCAGGCUUUCCAGAUAGCGACUCUGCAGCGGAUUCCGCACUGUCCGCUUGACACCUUUGGGUGGAGCUUGAAGGGUUACUUUGACUUUCUCGAAGAGCAGCCGGCAGACGGGACAUGCUCGAAAUGGAUUACGCCACUUGCGGAGUCCAGCGUCAGCUGUCCAUCACAAGGCAAGGGAAUUCCGUUGGAUGCAGUCGCGGAGGUCAUACAUACUGGGGCUUCAGGGAAAGUCGAGACCUUGGUGGCACCGGAGCGGCAAGGCAUUGAAUUUGAGUUCACAGGCAGGCUGGCACACUCUACCGUCUCCUACGGCGAGCGCGAUACGAGUGAAGGCAGUGAGCUUCAAGGAAAGGAAGCAUUGUGUAUGUUUGGCAGUCCGAGGCUGCGGAUGGCUCCGUUCACAUCCAAGUCCGACAUGCAGAAAGGGUAUAGCACAUCGCCCCGUCCCUGUGAAGAAGCAGCUCUCUCCUUCGUAGAUGCAGUGCUCGAGCAGCUGCGAGCACCGGCGGCUCGUCUGUUGCCUUUCGAUAAGCUCCUUCCGGAAAUUCCGGAGAUGCCAUGCGGCGCCGUGGCAGCUGCUAAGCUGCACAGCGCAAAAGCCUUGAUAGUUGCACCGACGCCGUUGAACCUGUCUGGAGCACAGCUGCCACCCCGUGCCAAUGCUCGGAGACUUCAAGCUCGUCUUGCCCUUCGCGAGGUGGAUGAGGCGGAGCAGUGGCUCAGGAAGAUGGAGGGUGCCUUCUGCAAGCGGCAACCAGAAGUGUGGUUACUGCUUCAUCGCACACAUCUGCGUGUGGCUCAUCACGUAGAUCCGAUGUUGAAUAACAAUCCUUAUCCAACUGAUGUGAGGGACUUGUUACCCAAAGUUCCACCACAGCACCCGUGUGCCGGUGUUGCCUUUACUAGCCAGUUUGGGCAGGACAAAUGGGCAUUAGAAGAGAUCUUUUGUUGCAAGAGGCAUGGAGUGUACGUUGACAUUGGUGCAGCACACAGCUGGAAACUAAGCAACACCUAUGCAAUGGAUGUUUUCUUGGAUUGGCGUGGCAUUUGCAUUGAUGCCAUGUUCGAGAAUCGUGCUGGUUUCGAACGAACACGCGGUUGUGAGCUGCGUGAGCAGCCGGUUUGGCGUGUGUCGGGUGAGUCACGGACUUUCCUGCUCCCAUCGAAUCAGCCGUCCGAUGCAUUCGGCCAUGGAUGGCUGAUCGGCGACAACCAAUCUGCAGAGCUGGAGAAAACCUUGUCGUUUCAUGAAGAGCUUGGCCAUGGUUGGACCUUGAACACCAAGACUGUGGUGACUAUCUCCUUGUGGGAUGUACUGGUGCCAUUCCUCCAAGUUCACAAGCUGGAUGCAGUGGAUUUUCUGACCCUAGACAUCGAGGGGCACGAGGACGCUGUUUUGGAGGCUUUCUUUGAUGAAGCCGAUCUGCGGAAUAGCACCCCCUUGAUUCGAGCCAUGUCCAUUGAGGUCAGCGCGGAGAAGUCCCGAAGCAUUCAGAGGAUCCUCCAGAGCCACGGUUACGUAAGAGACGGGAGUUGCACCACCGAUGAGUUCUGGCUGCACUCCUCUGUGGUGCCAUGCAGGGCCGAUGGCAAAACAGGUCAACGAGACGAAGCUGGGAGUAUCGAGGCAACGGGAUUGCCAGAAAGUGGGCUGCUGAUGCGCAUGAUGCUUGAGGUUGGCUUCGAGAUUGCGGCAAAGUGGGGCCGAUGGGCGGGCCUGAUGAUGCACAUGAUGCUGGAAGUUGGUUUCGAGAUUGCCGGACUCAUGAUGCUCCGCGUUGCCUUCGUGAUUGCCGGAGAGUGGGUGGCUGAUGCUGAUGCUCGGCCGCAAGCGGCGGAGGAGGGGGCGCCGCCAAAGCUUCGGAAGAGCUUUCCUAGUCACUAUGACAAUGACACCAGCACGGGCAUUUAUCCAAGCGGUGACACGGGCUCCAAAUUCCGUGCACUGCCCCGCAGCGGUGGCAUCACAUUGCUGUACAGGCCCAGGAAUGCGUCGCACCCGAAGGAGAGUUGGCGCAGUCUUGAGUUGACAUUGCUCCAGAAUGAUUUUCCAGUGAACCGUGUCAUCCAGCACGAGGACUUCUCAGCCCACCACGAUGUCCGCCUGGUGGAUAUUCCUGGGCUUGCGAACCUGAGACCCGUGCGGGAGAUGUUUGUAUGCUUCAAUGCAGCGGAGUACACCCCACCGGGGCCCGGUGAGCGGGGCUGCCGAUGCAAGGUGCAGAAUGAGACGAAAGGCAGAGACGAGCGCUUGGGGCGUGAGUGCCGCAAAGUUUGGUCCACGACCCCGCAGCGCCAACAAAGUGGGGCGCUGCUGCCGAGAGGAGUUCAAUCCUUGCAAGCGCUCUACAGCGACCUCGAGGUGGAGCCCGGGGAUGGACGUGGAAUGCGCGAUUCCACGCAGGCAGUUGGCCAGUUCAACGACGAGGCCUUCCUCGAAGCGGAUGUGGAGCAUUUGCACCGCGAGUAUGGCCUCAGCUCACAUCUGCGAAGCGACAUCAAGGUGGAGGGAGUGCGGGGGAAGGUGGACAACGCCGACACUGGUGGGGAAGGGUCCCUUGAUCUUCAGGUCAUAACGACCCUGGCAUUUGGAGCUAACACAACAUGGUGGGGCGUGGACCCUCUCUCCAUGGAUGGCUUCAUGCUGGCCUAUGCUGUGCAGGUCAAUGAUCACCCAGACCCGCCGCUGGUGCACAGCAUCAGCUGGGGUGAUGCAGAGGCUCUGUAUCCUCCCAUCUUCAUUCAGCGCCUGGAUUAUGAAUUGCUGAAGUUGGUCCUCCGUGGGAUCACUGUCAUUGUUGCAAGUGGCGACAAUGGGAACAGCGCCGUGGGCACCGACUGCGACUUCCUCCCCGAUCUUGUGGGAACUUCGCCCUGGGUCACGUCUGUGGGGGCCACAAUGCCCUCGCUCGAAUCGCAGCCGUACUGCGCAGCGAGGUCCUUCCAAGACCAGUUCGGCGAAUGUGUGGAGCCGGGACAGGUGGUUUGUUCGACCAGCGAGGGGGCGUUGAUCACGAGCUCCGGGUAUUUCUCCAUCUACCGUUCUCGGCCACGCUAUCAGGAUCGUGCCUUGGCGCUCUUCCUCAGCAGUUCAGAUUGCUUGCCAUGCCAUGUGCGCAACGACUCCCUUCACGUCGGCCAAUUGGAGAUACCCUGCCAGCACGUGAAUCGCUCUGGCUGCCCCCUGCACCAGCUGAUCCGAGGGAGUCGUGCAGCGCCGGACGUGGCCCUACCGGGGCAAAGCUACCCGACCGUGGUCAACAAGAGCGUUCUGUCCUUUGACGGCACCUCUGCGUCAGCGCCGGCGUUGGCAGCACUGGUCUCUCGGCUGAACGAAGCUCAGCGCAGAGCGGGGCGGCCCUCUCUGGGCUUGCUGAAUCCCUGGCUGUACCAGGUGCACCAGGACCAUCCGGAGGCUUUCUUGGAUGUCGUGGUCGGCGAUACAGCCUCUACCGAGGAUCACCUGUGCAAGCUGGGCUUCAGGGCAGGUCCUGGCUGGGAUCCCGCGACUGGCCUUGGAGUUCCUCGUUUCUCACGGCUGUUGGCGCUUCUGCCACGUCCUGGGGCCCCGGUUUCUUCGGCCGCGCUGGAGUUCCGAGAGACCUGGGAGCCAGCAGCACCAGAGAGGCCUCUGGAUCCGUGGUGGAUGCUUGCGCUGGGGAGCCCGCUCCUCGUCGCAGGCUGCUGGCUUGGCCGGCUCCUCCGCCGAUCUGGGCGAGAUCUCCGCGAGCCGCUUCUGGGCUCUGAGGGCAUCGUGAAUCGCGAAGCUGGCGAUCGCCAUGCUUCUCGCUGCUGA